AUGUCGUCUCUUCUGAGGGAGGAGAUGCAGAGAGUUUUAUUCCGACCUGAAAAACAGAGACUGGUGGAAUUCAUUGAGAUUGAAGAGCCCACACAAGGAAGACAUUUCCUCUGUGUCUCAGUUGCAAAAAACAAAGUGGUGCAGUUGAGUAUAGUGGGAUGUCAGGCAUCUCAGAAGUCUAAAUCAAAGAAGUCCCACACCAAACGCUCCAGCAUACAGGAGUGCUACGUGAGGAUGGAGACCUGGUCCCUGCAAGACCUGACUCUUGUUGAUGGACGAGACCCUGAUGUGGAUGACCCAUGUUUCCUGCUGCACUUUGAUAAGGUGCGUGCAGUGACAGCCGUCAGCUGCUCAGCCAAAUACUCUAUUGUACGUGCCCUGGUUGCUCUCAGCGACCAGCACUGUCAGAGGUCACUGAACCUGCAGAACUUUGACUGGGCCUACAUCAAGCCCACAUCCUUUUACUCCAAUAGAGGAGACUGUGUUGUUCUAUCGCAGAUAUGCUUCUAUGCACUCAAUUUGGUUUGUCUGUCCAUGUGUCCUGUGCCUCUGGAUGCAUAA